UUUUGAUUCCGGGGCUACGGUAGAGAGAAAAAGCUGAAUUGUUCCACCAAACUCCUUGGGAGGAGAGAGAGACCGGAGGACGAGAAGGAAGAGGAAGAAGAAAGGUGACGGUUGGAUCGAUGCGUGCUUUGGAACGAAAUCAUUAACCCCUCCUUAUAUUACUCCACCGACCAAAUCUGCAUCCUCAGCCACAUCGUGAACCUUAAAGGAGUUUUUGCUUUCUUCCCUUUCAAUUGGGCAUUAGGCGGUGAUCGGAUUUCCAACCGGCGGCUUGUUCAUCUGUCGUAUUCUUUUGAUUGACAGAGUGUAAUCGGCAAAUCCGCGGAGAUCGAAGGAAGGUUCUGGUAUUUUUUUCUAUUUGGCGGCUUGUUCGUAUUGUUUUGGUUAGGGCAAGGGAUUUGUGGAGUUCUUUGUCUGCGUCUUCGUUUUACUGAUGGCGGUGAUGGAGCCUCGUGUGGGGAGUAAGUUCCGGCUUGGCCGGAAGAUUGGAAGCGGAUCGUUCGGGGAGAUCUAUUUAGGUACUAACACGCAAACAAAUGAAGAGGUCGCGAUUAAGCUUGAAAAUGUUAAAACAUCACAUCCUCAAUUGCUAUAUGAAUCAAAGCUAUACAGGAUCCUGCAAGGAGGAACUGGAAUAUCCAAUGUGAAAUGGUUUGGUGUUGAAGGUGAAUAUAAUGUGCUGGUGAUGGAUUUACUUGGGCCAAGUCUUGAAGAUCUUUUUAACUUUUGUAGUAGAAAGUUAUCUUUAAAAACGGUUUUGAUGCUUGCAGACCAGAUGAUCAACCGAGUUGAAUUUGUUCAUUCUAAAUCUUUUUUGCAUCGAGAUAUCAAGCCAGAUAAUUUUGUUAUGGGUUUGGGCAGAAGAGCAAAUCAGGUUUAUAUCAUUGAUUUUGGCCUUGCAAAGAAGUACAGGGACACUUCAACUCACCAACACAUUCCAUACAGAGAGAAUAAGAACUUGACAGGAACAGCAAGAUACGCAAGCAUGAACACUCAUCUUGGCAUAGAGCAAAGCAGAAGGGAUGAUUUGGAAUCUCUUGGGUUUGUUCUUAUGUAUUUUCUAAGGGGAAGCUUACCCUGGCAGGGUCUCAAAGCAGGUACGAAAAAACAAAAGUAUGAAAGAAUCAGUGAAAAAAAAGUAUCAACAUCAGUUGAGGCAUUAUGUAAGGGAUAUCCAUCAGAGUUUGCAUCGUACUUUCACUACUGUCGAUCACUUCGCUUUGAUGACAAGCCUGAUUAUGCUUAUCUAAAAAGAUUAUUUCGAGAUCUUUUUAUUCGUGAAGGGUUUCAGUUCGAUUAUAUUUUUGAUUGGACCAUUUUGAAAUAUCAACAGGCAAAUGUUACUAUUGCUCCUCCUCGGGCCAUAGGCCCAAGUGCUGGGCGGAGCUCCGAUUUGCCACCAACUGCUAGUAAUACUAAUAGGCAACUAGGUGGCGGCGAAGAAGUUAAAGGAAGCAGCUGGUCUGCGAUAGACCCUUCGAGGCGGAGAGCUUCUGGACCGCCAAAUCUGGGAGCCGUAUCGAAGCAAAAAAAGCCCCUGCCAAAUUCUUCCGCUGUCACUAAAGAAACCACAUUAUAUUCAACCUCUUUGGCAAGGCCGAGCGGUUCUUCAAGACCUGCUGCUAUCUCCAGCAGAGGAGAUGUGUUGGGAUGCAGCGAAACAAUCCCAAAACGAAUAUUUACCUCUGAUUCGAGCCCUCAAACUUUCCGCAAAGUUUCUGGCCCUCCGAGAAGUCCUCCCCUCCGUUCUGUUGAGCCUACGACCUACGAGUCCGCCAUUAAAGGCAUCGAAGGUCUCAAUUUUGCUGGUGACGAGAGAGUGCACUACUAAGACUUCUUGCAGGUCCUGCAACCUGAAUUUGGGAUAUUGUUGAAGAUUAACUGUCUUUCUCUCUCUCUGAUUUUUCGUCCGAUAAGAACCGAGAAUGACGAAAUGGAACUGCAGAAGGAGCGGUGAGGACUUACGAGUAUUAUGCUCUGUUUGAAGGAAGGCCUGGCAAUGGCGCUAUCAGCAAGGUAAGAUUUUUCUCACUUGUUUUACUGCCAUAAUGCCAUUUUAGAUAGAUUUGCUGGCUGCUUAUUUUGGUUGUUAUGAGCCUUUUACUUUGUAAUGGAACCAAUUUGAAUUCUCAAAUCUAGAAAGCAGGUCAUUGUGUAUAAAUAGUGCUAACAUAUGUAGUGAAACAAUAAAGCUUGGUAUGAUUAUGUAAUAUCUUUUAUAUUGUGGGAUCAAUUUAGACUGAUUAUUU